GCAUACUGUUGAAUUACCAUGGUCAACAUUCCCAAGACCAGAAACACCUUCUGCAAGGGCGGUAAGUGCAAGAAGCACACCCCCCACAAGGUGACCCAGUACAAGGCUGGUAAGGCCUCUCUUUUCGCCCAGGGUAAGAGACGUUACGACCGUAAGCAGUCCGGUUAUGGUGGUCAGACCAAGCCCGUCUUCCACAAGAAGGCCAAGACCACCAAGAAGAUCGUCCUCCGUCUUGAGUGCACCGCCUGCAAGUACAAGAUGCAGUUGUCCAUCAAGCGUUGCAAGCACUUCGAGUUGGGUGGUGAUAAGAAGACCAAGGGUGCCGCUCUUGUCUUCUAAAUGAUAUAUAUUUAUUUAUCAUUUUCACUAUUUCUUGAAUAAAUCCAUGGAAAAUACAGCCAUUCGUUUCUUAUGCGCGUUAAUAACAUGUUGUACCAGAAAUUGAAGAUAUGUUUAUCUGUAUAUGUAUCUGUACAAAGAUCACAGUGCUUGAAAUGGCGUUUUUCUGGAAUAAAAAAAACAAGCCGUGAAACAAAGCUUCCAAUUGU